AUGACUCCAAGCAUCGAAUACUACUGUCCAUGUCUAGCUGCUUCGCCGCAUCCUCCUCCUCCACACUUACCCUCGUCCACAUAUAGCUUUCACCCACUGCACAAUCUCUUCUUCUGCGAGGAAUGCGACGCUGUCAGAUGCAACCGUUGUGUCAUGGUAGAAGUCAGCGGGUACUACUGCCCAAACUGCCUCUUCGAGGUGCCGAGUGCGAGUGUGCGCGCAGAGAAGAACAGAUGUGCCCGCAAUUGCUUCCAUUGUCCAAACUGCCGCAACACACUGACGGUGGUGCCCUCGGAUCCGCCGGACGACGGCGACGCGCGCAUGUCCCCUAUUGUGUCGAGUACGCUCGGCGAGCCGCCUUUCUUCCUAUACUGCAACCACUGCCGCUGGGAUUCUGCCGAGGUCGGCAUCACGUUUGAGAAGCCGACAGGCCUUGCAGCGCAACUACAGAAGUUCGAAGACUCCGCGCCAGAAUCGCUCGAGUUCGAGCGCCUCAAGGAGCAUUUUGAGCCCUUCUUACGUGCAUCCUCUUCCUCCUCUUCCGCGCUGCACAGCGCCGCCGCACACCACGUUCACACAAACCCCAUCACAGCCGCUGCCUCUUCUGCGCUCGCGCGCGACAUUCCCGGCGUCGGGAAGUACAAUCCGCUCUCGCGCAGUCGCGCCGGGCGCGACAAACACGCGCACAAGAACGACAUCCCUGACUACAAGUCGCGCGUGGAGGUGGCGUCCGCGGGGAUAAACGCGGGCGGAGGGGAGGCGGACGUGGACUUUAUGUGCAGACUGGAGACCAUGUCUGAGGUGGCUGCGCUGGAGCAGAGAUGGGUCAGCAGUUGGGUCGCAUCGUUGCACAGCAGUGACUUGAAGCCGCUCCGAAUACCGCUGCAGUCCAAGAAGUCGAAGCGGUGUCCCAGCUGCCGGCACAUCCUCAUCAAGCCCGAGCAGAAGGCGCAGUCCGUGCGUUACAAGAUCAAGCUGGUCGCGGCAAACUACCUGCCGGCGAUAUCGGUCUCCCUGCCGCAUGCCCAAGCAGCGGUGGAGAUGAUGAAGCGGUCGACCGCGCUCAACAAAUCCGCGGCUGCGACGACGGUGGACGAGCACGGCGCGUCGGCGGGGGCGCUGCUCGCGGGCAAGACGUACUCCUUCCAUCUCGCCUUCACGAAUCCGCUGUAUGACCCCAUCCAGGUGCGGCUGAAGAAAGCGCAGAUGAUGCAGGCGCCGGGCGCGGACGGGGACAAGACGCGCCGCCCGCCGUUCCAGGUGAACCUGCCGAGCUCGCCGUUCCCGGUGGCUGCGUUUGCGGAGGCGUGGGAGUAUGAGGACGACGAAGAGGUGAUGUUCGGGCUGGAGGAGGAUGAGGGCGACCUGGACGGGAUGGGGCGACAGCAGAGGGACGGGCGGAGCAAGACGCGGACGCUGGGCGUGGUGGAGAAGCGCGCGAAUGUCACUGUGGUUGGCGGGGAGGUGAUUCUCACGAAGGAGGCCCGGGGAAGGGUCAAGUUCAACAUGCUGGUGUCGUACACCUACCGAUCGGACGACCCUGACGGCGCCGAAGAGAAUGUCACGGGCACGCCUUCGCGCUCGCAUGCGUCGAGCAAGGCGCCGGAAUUGAAGAACUUCUCGUUCUAUACCGUCGUUGAUUUGGGCCUCAUCGUCCCCCGAGAGGAGUCGCGGAUUGAUCCAGACAUAUAGUGUUGCGAUGUAUCUUGCUGCGUUGAUGCUGAGUACAUGAUAUUCGUGGUUUUAU